CACAUAAAGACAGAGGAACCGAAAAAUUCGAUCUCUCUUUCUCUCUCUAACUAAAGAAGCUGCUUCGGUUUUGGGGAGUUUCAUGGACUCAGACUGAAGCCUAGUUUAAUCUGCGAAACCCAUUUCAGGAACUGUGUUGUGUCGUUUUUCUCAGUGUUGACUCCGAGAAUUGUAUCUUUGAUCCCUUGCAGUUUUAUCCAUUGUACUUAAUUUAUGUUACCUAGCAUUUCAUUGAUUUUUCUGAUCAAUAGAGUGGAUAGCGUCCUCUUUGGUUAGUGUUAGCUGGUUCUGUACACUGAGAUUGUUUGGUGCUAAACUUUGUGGAAGUGUGUGUUUGUACUUUGUACUACUUUAAAAUUGUAUCAAUGGAACACCAUUUUGGUCAAGACACAGCACCUGCAUCUGGGUCCUUUGAUAAGACCAGGGUUUUAAAUGUGAAGCCAUUGAGAACUCUUGUUCCUGUGUUCCCUUCACCAUCUAAUCCUGCUUCAUCAUCGAAUCCACAAGGUGGUGCUCCUUUUGUUUGUGUUUCUCCUUCUGGUCCUUUUCCUUCUGGGGUUGCUCCUUUCUAUCCUUUCUUUAUCUCCCCGGAAUCCCAGAGGCUUUCUGAACAAAAUGUGCAAACCCCGACUGCCCAACGUGUGCCUGCAGCUCCAAUAUCUACUGCAGUUCCAAUUAAUUCAUUUAGGACACCAACUGGGGCUGCAAAUGGGGAUGUGGGCUCGUCACGAAAGAGUACCCGGAGUCGUAGGCAGGUCAUAGAGGAUGAUGGAUACAGUAAUGUUGAGAUUGAUGAAUUUGAUGUAGAAGAUGGAACUGGGACUGGGAGGUCAAAGCGCAAGCCACAGAAGAAGGCAAAGGCACAGCAGAGUGGUGGUUCUGUUUCUGCCGAUGUUGAUCCGGAUGCAGUGGCUGCUGAUAUUCUCAAAUCACUUAACCCUAUGGUCUUUGAUGUACUAAAUCAACCAGAAGGUAGCAGGGACUCUGUUGCAUAUACACUCAUGAUAUACGAAGUGAUGCGGAGAAAGCUGGGACAAAUUGAAGAUUCAAAUAGGGCAGCUAACUCUGGAGCAAAACGGCCUGAUUUGAAGGCAGGUGCAAUUAUGAUGAAUAAAGGGAUUCGGACCAACAGCAAGAAGCGUAUUGGACUUGUUCCUGGUGUUGAGAUUGGGGAUAUUUUCUAUUUCAGAUUUGAAUUGUGCUUAGUGGGUUUACAUGCUCCUUCUAUGGCUGGAAUUGAUUACAUCGGUUCCAAAACUAGUCAAGAGGAAGAGCCCUUAGCUGUAAGUAUUGUCUCAUCUGGAGGGUAUGAAGAUAAUGUGGAGGAUGGGGAUGUACUGAUUUACAGUGGCCAAGGUGGGGUUAACCGUGACAAGGGAGCAAGUGAUCAAAAGCUUGAAAGGGGUAAUCUUGCAUUGGAGAAGAGUGCACAUAGAGGUAAUGAAGUGAGAGUAAUUAGGGGUUUGAGGGAUGUACAACAUCCAACUGGGAAGGUAUAUGUCUAUGAUGGCCUUUACAAGAUUCAAGAUUCCUGGGUGGAGAAAGCAAAAUCUGGUUUCAAUGUUUUCAAGUAUAAGUUAGUCAGGUUGCCUGGACAGCCUCAAGCAUAUAUGAUUUGGAAAUCUGUUCAACAAUGGACUGAGAAAUCUGCUUCAAGAACAGGGAUUAUAUUGCCUGAUCUUACUUCAGGGGCAGAAAAGGUACCUGUUUGUCUUGUGAAUGAUGUUGAUACUGAGAAGGGCCCUGCACAUUUCACUUACAUCAAAGAUCUCAAGAAUUUGAGGCCAGCUGCUCCUGUGGAAUCUUCUACAGGGUGUUCUUGUGUUGGUGGAUGUCAAGCUACCAAUUUUGACUGUCCUUGCAUUCACAAGAAUGGAGGAUAUCUACCAUAUUCUGCAGCUUCAUUACUUGCGGACCUAAAAUCUGUGAUAUAUGAGUGUGGUCCUUCUUGUCAGUGUCCUCCUAGUUGCCGAAAUCGGGUUUCCCAAGGUGGCCUGAAAUUUCGUUUGGAGGUUUAUAAAACCAAGAAUAAAGGUUGGGGUCUUAGAUCAUGGGAUGCAAUUCGUGCAGGAACAUUCAUAUGUGAGUAUGCAGGGGAAGUCAUAAAUAAUGCUAGAGUAGAGGAGCUUGGUGGUGACAAUGAAGAUGAUUACAUUUUUGAUUCGACUCGCAUUUAUCAGCAACUGGAGGUUUUUCCUGGUGAUACUGAAGCUCCAAAAAUCCCAUCCCCCCUUUAUAUAUCAGCAAGAGCAGAAGGGAAUGUUGCUCGGUUUAUGAAUCACAGCUGCUCUCCCAAUGUAUUGUGGCGUCCAGUCAUUCGUGAAAAUAAGAAUGAGUCAGAUCUUCACAUUGCAUUCUAUGCAAUUAGACAUAUCCCUCCUAUGAUGGAGUUAACUUAUGAUUAUGGGGUAGUGCUUCCUCUCAAAGUAGGUCAGAGGAAAAAGAAAUGCUUAUGUGGAUCUGUAAAGUGCAGGGGUUACUUUUGUUAAUUGUCUGAUGAGUUUUGGACGAGCUGGCCUCUGUGAUUAUACUUAAGGAUAAGCUAUAGCUAAGUCAGACAGCAGGAUGGAACUAUGUAGAAAGAUGUAGCAGACAAACUUUUCCUUUUGGCAAAUCCUAGACUAGUGAAUUGGCACUUGAAUAUGAUCAAGUUGUCUAUUUACUAAAUGUGGAUAAGUUAAGGUUGUAAAAGUUAACUGUAAGACCCAUUUUGUGUAGUUUGUUUCUUUCUCUAGGGAUGGAUUUUGAGUAGGUCUUUUAGGCCACAUGGUAAGGGCGAACAUCAUAUGUAGAAUUGAAUAUUUAGUUGACAACAUUUUCAGAAAUCAUCCUGAUAUUCUAUUCUUUUGCA